UUGAAAUGCGAGAGGUGAAAGAAAUUCGGGUUGGCAAGAAUUCGAAGGAUUUUGAGAAAUGGCUUGAGGAAGCAAAGCGCAUGGAAAAUCUCAAAUGUUUUGUUGUAUUUUAUGGCUCUGAAUUCAAGCUUAAAUCAUUGUCAAUUGCAGCAUUUUCAGAAAAAGAAUGUGAACUGUGGGUCAGAGGGCUUCGUCAUCUAGUUCCAGAUACAAUUGAAUCUCCAUAUCCAUUACAGGUGGAAAGAUGGCUUCGAAAAGAGUUUUACAGCAUGGAGAAUAAUAGAGAAACAGUAACGUUGAAAGAUGUGAAGUCGUUUCUCCCAAGAGUCAAUUGCAAAAUACCCACCAACAAGCUCCGGGAGGUCUUUCAAGAAGUGGAUGUUCGUAAGCGAAACGAGAUUGCGUUUGAUGACUUUGCACUUUUGUACCACAAACUGAUGUUUGAUGAGUCUACAUUGCGUGAGUGUUUCCCAGGCUACACAAAGUAUUGCGAAAAUGGUAAAACAGUCACUGUUCAAGAACUCACAAGAUUCCUCAUACAGGAACAAGGAGAAAGAAAUGUUCAUGACAAAGAAGUUUCUCGUCACAUGAGAGAUUAUCUUCAAGACACACAGAGGAAUGUUCAAGAACCUUACUUUACCAUCCUUGAGUUCAUGGAUUUUUUAUUUUCAAAACAAAAUGAGCUCUGGGAUCAACGGUAUGAUGAUGUCUAUCAAGACAUGACAAGGCCUCUAACACAUUAUUGGAUUGCAUCAUCUCACAAUACAUAUCUGACUGGAGAUCAGUUCUCCAGCGAGUCUUCUGUUGAGGCGUAUGUUCGGUGCUUAAAGCAAGGCUGUCGUUGUAUAGAACUUGAUUGUUGGGAUGGACCAGAUGGACUGCCCAUUAUUUACCAUGGUCAUACAUUGACAACGCGUAUCAAAUUUUUAGAUGUUAUCAAGACGAUCAAAGAGUAUGCUUUCGUUACCUCUGAAUUUCCUGUGAUAUUAUCAAUAGAAGACAAUUGUUCCCUCCCUCAGCAGCGAAAUAUGGCAAGUGCUAUGGUGGACAUAUUUGGGAAUCUUUUAGUGACACAUCCUCUAGAGAAGAAUGAGACUGAAAUGCCAUCUCCAGAACAAUUAAAACGAAAAAUUCUUGUCAAGCAUAAAAAACUGCCUGAUGGUGCAGACGAAGGCUCAUUCUUGAUUACCAACGAUGAUGGGCGAGAGAUGGACUUGCGAAAUACAGUAAAAAAUGGAGUGCUUUAUUUGGAAGAUCCUGUUGAUAAAAAGUGGAACCCGCAUUUUUUUGUGUUGACUUGCAACAAGCUCUCAUAUACCGACUGUGUGCAUGGUGAUGAUGAGGCUGAAGAUGAGAAUGAUGAGGACGUUGAUGAUGAUGAAUCAAGAGACACAUCUGGAUUUCAACGGCCAAAAGAGGGUGUUCCUAAUGAUGAGUUACACUACGGAGAAAAGUGGUUCCAUGGUAAACUUAGCGGAGGCCGUGCAGAAGCAGAGGACCUUCUUCGUUCUUACUCACAUUUAGGAGAUGGCACAUUCUUGGUCAGAGAGAGCGAAACAUUCGUCGGAGACUAUACUCUUUCAUUCUGGCGAAAAGGUCGAGUAAAUCAUUGUCGUAUAAAAUCAAAGCAAGAUAAAGGUCAGACAAAGUAUUUCCUGAUUGAUAGUAAUUGUUUCAACAGCUUGUAUUGUUUAAUCACUCAUUAUCGAAAUCUUCCCCUCCGUAGUCAAGAAUUUACAAUUAAAUUGAAAGAGCCAGUCCCUCAACCUAGCAAGCAUGAAGGUAAAGAAUGGUACAAUCCUCACGUUACCAGGCAGCAAGCAGAAGAUCUUUUACGCAAAGUUCCUCAUGAUGGUGCAUUCCUUGUGCGACCAAGUGAUUAUGACCACAAUUCCUUUGCCAUAUCUUUCAGAGCUGAAAAGAAGAUUAAACAUUGUAGGAUUAAAAUGGAAGGAAGGUUAUAUACCAUUGGCAUGAUCCAGUUUGAAAGUCUCAUAGAACUCAUCAGCUACUAUGAACGACAUCCUCUCUACCGCAAAAUCAAAUUAUGGUACCCUGUCAACGAAAAUAUCAUGCAAAGGAUGGGUUUGGAAGCAGAUGAUGGAUCAGUUUCUGGCACACCAGGGUACAUGGACCCCAGCAGCUUUACUUCAAAGAUUAUGGUGAAAGCAAUUUAUGACUACCAAGCCCGACAUGAUGACGAACUAUCCUUUUGUAAGCAUGCAAUUAUUACCAAUGUUGACAAAAAAGAUGAAGGUUGGUGGCGAGGAGACUAUGGUGGAAAGAGGCAACACUGGUUCCCUUCAAAUUAUGUUGAAGAAAUCGAACCUCAACAAGAAAGAGACGAAACGUCAGCAGACUCUCUCCUGCUCGGUAGCUUGCAAAAAGGCAGUUUGGAUGUAAAUGGAGCGGUUGUCGAAUUGCACGUAAAUCCAUCUCGAACAAGUUUGGAAUGGACUUUGCGAAUACAAAAUCCAAACAUGUGCACAACUUUUGAGGUAGCAGCACCAACACAAGACCUAGCUUUGGAGUGGCUUCAAGCAAUCAAAGAAACUGCUCAGUCUGCUAGUGCCAGGGAAACCCAAAAUAAAGAGAUGGAACGAGCGUGGAGGAUUGCCAAAGAAAUGUCAAACUUAACUGUUUACUGCCGUUCUGUCACAUUCAACAUUGAUAAAUUAAAAACUCGUGGCUGGAUCUAUCAUGAAAUGUCAUCUUUUCCUGAAACUAAAGCAGAGAAAAUAAUGUGUCAGCAAGAGAACAAAUUUUUCCUCAAAUAUCACCAGCAUCAAUUUAGUCGUGUGUACCCUAAAGGCCAAAGAAUAGAUUCCUCAAAUUACAAUCCAGUGCCAAUUUGGAAUUCUGGCUGUCAGAUGGUUGCGCUUAACUACCAAACACCAGAUAAACCGAUGCAGUUAAACCAAGCAAAGUUUCGUCUGAAUGGACAGUGUGGGUAUUUACUGCGUCCAGAGUCCAUGUUUUGUGAUGAAGUACCUACAAGUGAUAAACCAAAAACUGUCUCCAUCCGUAUCAUUGCUGCCCGGCAUCUUGGGCGUUCGGGGCGUGGGACUGCUAGUCCAUUUGUUGAGGUUGAAGUUCUUGGUGCAGAUGACGAUACUGGAAUCAAACUAACAACCAAGACUAUUUCUGAUAAUGGAUUCAACCCAAUUUGGAAUGAUUCGUGUGAGUUUGAGAUUCUCAACCCUCAUCUCGCUUUGCUGCGGUUUCUGGUACAAGAUGAGGAUAUGUUCGGCGACUCAAAUUUCAUUGGCCAAGCUACUUAUCCUGUCUUGGCACUACGAACGGGCUAUCGAAGUGUGCCUCUGAAAAACGGCUAUUCGGAGGACUUUGAGCUUGCAACCCUUCUAGUCCACAUCACAAUUCAAGACAGUCUGGAAAGGAGCAAUGAUUUAGUCGGAUGGAGUAACGCCCUAACUGAUUUUCCAAGUGCUGGAGACUUCUGAUCUUUGAUUGUUUCAGACAUGCACAUUGCACAGUGUCUGCAUCAUCGACAUUUUAAUUGGUGUCAUUGUCAGGUCUGGUGCAGUAUCAUCGAUACCAAAGAUUUAUUCUAAUAUUUUUUGUUUUUCUUAAGUUAGUAUGAACCAGCUAUGAUCACCUGUCAUAUUUUUUUCCUCUUCUUUUUUUCAACCGAGUAUUAAUGAUCAAACAAAUUUCAGUGUCAUCAUUUGCAGCUAUCCAUUCAAUUCCUCUGAAAAAUUUCUAAAAUCAGAGCAGUAAGGCAUUUUUGUGAUCAAGCUGAUUUUGUUUCUUUUCUGAAUAAUUUUUAGUCAAUUAGGACAGUCUCAUGCAGUUAGAGCCAUUUGAAUUUGAAAAAAUAUUUACUCAAGUGUUGAAAUGGACCACGCCAUAAUGCAGCUACUUAUUGCAAAUCAUAGUGUCUCUAUCUCUCAUAGACUUAAAUUCAACCCAGAAUAGUUUCUCUGAAACGCUAUGUAUCGAUUAUAUUUUCUCAGGUUGAAAAUAAUCAAUGAGCAAUUUCUUUUGUAGAAUUUACCAUGAGGUUUGCAUGAUCUUACAAAAUUAGCUUUCAUUGUUUCUAAGUCACUUGCGCUCUUAAUUUAUUUGCAUUUUAAUAUUAAAGGAUGUGUGUAAAAUAAGUCUUCCUUGUUAGCAUUUGUUUUUAUCUUCUGAAUUCAGGAUUUUUCUCUUUACAUUUUUCAUUAUUUUGCAUAUGUUUAUUUACUCUUUUUAGUUUUACUUUAAGGGUUGUUGUAUUAUAAUUUUGUAUUUGUAACUUUUCAUGAUUUUUUUCCCUCUUCAUUAACAUAUUUUUUUACCAAUGUCGUGGUGGGCCUCUUUUUUUUCUCUUUUUUCUUAAGUUAAGUUCUAUUGUGCAUGUUUGUUGCAACAAAAACCAAGAGAAUCAAUUCUAUGAACAGUAUGUACCCGUAUCAAUGCUGAAACUCCUGAGCCAAGUAUCUCGGUUAGUGACGUUGCAGACCUUAUGUCAUACUCUAGUCGUAUUUUGUUCGACGCAACAACUCGGGACGUCUCGUAUCAAUCGUAUUUUGUUCGGAUGUUCUUUCUGUUAAGGAGGGGUGGCCUAUUUUUAUUCCUUUAUUUAUUUGUGUGCAUAAUUUGGCAUCAUUUUCGCAACAUUGUUUCAAAACAAUUGGAACGUCCUCGGAGCUUGUUACGACUGUUGUGUGCAUUUGUUAACCGGAUUUCUAACCUCACUUCUAGCUGCUUUGCUCUCAUUGGUUGUGAAAAAGUGAUGCAAAUAACACAAAAUCGAUAACAGGAAACAAUUGCUGCGUCAAACAAAAUUCGUCUUCUUUUUCUAAAUUCAGAACUAUUCAAUGUCAAUUCCUAAAAAUGUCAGUGAUUUUUCUUUUCUGUGCGAGGAAAAUUCUGAGGGCACUUCAAAGAAUGGUGUUGAUUCAUUCUUCUUUAAAGGAAUAAAACAAGACUAGAGAUUUUUAAUCUCCGCAAACAAGAAACGUGGCUUGGUGGUUUCACCAUUAAUAUGUAUUUGUUAUAAAAUCAGCUAAAAGGCUGUUUUAAUGAACCAGGUGCUCAAAUCUAAAAGCUUCCGUCGAAAAUGAAGUUGCAUUGCGCCUUUAUGUGUGUGUGCCAAUGACCGUGGCAACCCAAGCAUGGGAACUUCGAUUUGAAGUGGCUCUAUGAAUUUUAUCCACCAACAUCCAAAAAUUAAGUAUACUUUGAAAGGAAAUAUGUAUUCUCUCCCAAAAAGGCGCAACAUACUUAGGCCCAAAUGAAAUGUAGUCAAAAUAUGCCUGAGGUAGUAGAAAGCCAACGAAUCACUAAUAUUGACAGAGCAAGAUAAAAACUGUUGUGAUGCAAAAUAUUUAUUUUUACCCAACAAUAUUUGGUCAAUAUCAGUUUUAAAGCUGAGAUAUAUAUAAUAGAAUAAAAAAAAAUUAAUAGUGAUGAUUUUUUAGCUUUGAAGUAAGAGAAAACUCCAUUGCUGUUUCAGCUUUUUUUAACAUGGUAAAGUGAUUCUGUUUUUCAUGUAACUUCAUGAGCCAAUGGGACCUUGCUAACUGUAUCUAUAUCACUGUUGCUACACUCGGCACUGUUUGUAGCAGUGUAGCCUCAUUUUCAAAUGCUAGCUCCCUGUGUGAAUGUCUUGGGUUUUCAGAUUUCUAAUCGUCACUCUACGCCUCUGUAAAGUUCUUUGUAUUUCAUUCGAAGUAUAGAGAGGAAAUUUUUUAAAGUUUUUGACUGGCAGUAAUUCAUAAAAUUAGUUAAUUAUGUGCCUGAUUAGUGCCUUAUGUGUUUUUUUUUUGUUUUUUUUUAUGCUGAAAUCUAUUGGUGCUUUUUUAAUAGCUCAUCGCCCUAAACUAUCUUGGCUUGUAUUAAUACUUGUACCUCUAAAAACCAGUCUUGAUGUAAUUUAAACUUAUUUAUUCCCUCUUAAAAAUACAUAGGUACUCAUAUCUAAAUUAGAAAGAGAUGCCUUUAACUGGUUAUUAUAUGAAUUUGUCAUAGUUUUUAUUUUUUUCACUUAUUUUGUUGCAUCUGUUCAUUUGAGCCAGUAUUCACAGCCUGGCACAUCCUAGUUUUCGUUGUAAGGGCUGUGUGGAUGUGAGUGGCAUUUCAGAGGAAAGUGGACUUCAGCUCUCGCAAAGUAAACUUUCCAAACUGCUGGCUUUGACCAAGCUAGAAUUUUUCCCAUAAACUCUCUGGAUGAUUUCACCAUUAGCGCAUGGCUUUCCUCCAAUGCGCCCCAGGAAAAGCAUAAAAAGUGACAGAAAAGCUAAGUUCAUCCCAGAGUGUUUGAGGAUGUAAGAUCCCUUUUUUGGUGGGACAUCACUUGUAAAUUAGUCAGUCACGAAGAAAAAGGUAAUAAUCUUUAUGAGCCCAGAGCCGGAUGCGUGUUUUUGUUUAAGAUAUUGUAGACUAAUGCUCUGAAAUGUUUAUGAUUUUCUUUUGGGAACAAUUGCAAUCUUGCAAAAUUGCAUGAUUUUGGUGCCUUGUAGAAAAUGAAACUCAUGGAAUUUUUUCAGUGCUCUUUUUUCUUCCUCUUUAUUUUCAAGUCUUUUUUUUUGUUUUGCUUCACUGUUACUUUAGUCAAUAAGAUUAUUUACUUUUCAAACAUUUACUGUCUAGAAACUUGUUCAAAACUUAAUGAAAGAGUCAAAAAGGAUUCGAACCUGUCAGUAUUUUUUCUUCAAUUAAAGGAAAUGCUAUUUUUCAGAGCAUCAUUUUAUUCUACUUUACGAGUAUAGUCUUAUUUUAAUGCACCGUGCACACUUGCUGGCUUAAAUCUCAAUAUUAUGAAAGAUAGGGCAGUCCUUUUAUAAAAAUCCAUUCUCUAAAGAAGAAAAGGAGAAAGUAAACACAUAUUCAUCUUUGUUUAUUCAUUUAAAAUUCUUGGACCUUAAGCAGCAGAUGAAUCAGCUCUACAAUUCGAAUUGAUGCAGCCAUAAAGUUCUGCAAUUCGGAAUUAAGAUCGCACGUUCAUGUAUUUCAAACUGGCAGAAUCAGGUGUUCUAUAAUGCAGAAAGGUUCCUAUGGCUUUCCUUUUAUUUAAUGUUUUAAAGAUGGCAGGGUACAUACAUAAAAAUAUGCCCGUGAUUUCGAGUUUUAAGGUUUCUUUAAAAAUCUUUUAAGUUUGGAUUUUCUGCAUAAGCGUUCUCUGCAAUUAAAAAAUUCGCUAAUUCAAAAACCCUUUUUUAAAAAAAAGAAGUCAUCUGUCCCUUUAGUUUUUAAUUAGCAAGCGUGCACUUUACUUCUUUCCAUUGUAGAAUCUUUUAUACUUGCAAAUUUUAUGAGACAGAAUUUAUUGGAAAAGAUUUGAUUGCUGUAAAUUGAAUUAGUUGUGUUGGCAUGAAGUUUUUUCACCUAGUCACAAAUAUUAAAAGAAUUUCACUCAAAGUUGACAGGAAAGCGCCUUGAUGAUCGGCAAGUAACAUUUCUCAGAGACUGUUUGUUCUUGUUGGAAUACAUUGUACAUUUACGAGUAUUUUCUGUAAGGGCAUGCAGAGGAAAGUCUGCCAGUUUAAACAACCAUUGUUUUGAGUAUCCACUUCACAUUGUAAACAUCGUUUCAGUAUAAUACUAUAUUGUAAAAUAGGUCUGCUCAUUGUAUGCAUGAUACUUUUUGCAUUAUUUUCUGAUUCUUUCGAACCACCACCAUCUCCCCCCUGCAUAAAUUCGGAAGCGGGGGAGGGAUAUAUGGCGGAGGUGGAGAGGAGAAGAAAGGAUGGGAAGUGUAUUUUAGCCCGUUUUAAUGGAACUAUUGUGGUGCGGUUUUUUUCUUAUCAGAUGUAAUUAGUAAGCCCUCCACAACACUCUUAUCAGAGCACAGGGAGACUUUUGUCCCUCCCGGUAGGUCCUCUAUUGGUUUUGGGACUUAAAGUCCGUUGAGACUUUUGAUCAGGAGUGUGAAUCCUGAAACAUAUAAUAAACUCAGCCAAAUAGUUGAGGUUUCAUUUACCUGAAAGAUUAAAUUUGUGACCCUUUCAUUUUAAGUAAUAUUCACUCAUUUAUCACCAAUCUUUAAGGGACUGAAAUUAAUAUGAAAACAAAUUUUUUGCCUGAAAUCCUGAUUUUUUACAAAUCAUUGUACAGUUUACGGCUGUUAAGCUCUCAUUGAGUUGUGAUUAAACUGAAGAAUUUAAAUGUUCGAACGUCUUCCAACAACUGUUACAGUCCAUUAGAAAAAAUGAAAGGUGUCCAUCAAUGGGUGGACAUCCUUGCUCACUGGGACACUUUCUCUCUCAAUCUUGUCUAUGUCCUUUCCCUUUUCUAUGUAUUCUGAAAACAGGAAUUACAUUUGAGGAGUUUGGACGACAAGGCGCGUAAGUGCAGUUUUCGUUAUUUCGAAAAAUAUGUGUUUCAAGUUUCGAGAAACAGGAGUUUGAAGUUUCGAAAUUACAAGGAUCCUUAUGGCAGAAAGAAAGUUCAAACUGGCUUUUCGAUGCUUAAAAAUUGGAAUUUGGGAGCGAAUUUGGUACAGAAUAUGCAUUAAGACUACUUUUAUUUGAAAUCAUUAAUAUCUCAAUUUUUUAAAAACUGCACUUAUGCGCCUUGUCAUCUAAGUUCCUCAUUUGCUGAGCUCCUGAGCCAUUUCAGUUAAAGAAGAGAAAAAAAAUUAAGUAAUCAUCUAAAAACUGGGAGGUACCUACUCCAAUUUUUAUUCAUAUAAGUGUUUGUUCGUGUAAACUCGAAAAAAAAAUUUCAACCCUUGCGGAAUUCCUGAAAACAGGGUGAUUUCAAAGGGCCAGAGUUCCUAUUUUAUGUGUCAAAUUUCUCUCAGUUGAACAUAUCUAAAUGCUUUUUUUUCUAUCUUUUUUUUAACAUGUCUAAAUAAAUAACUUUAACUUUCUUGUUGCUAGUGGCACUCAUAGUAUUGCCAUCCUACCAAGGUGUUAUGCAUUAAAUGUUAGGUACAUAUUAGGUGUUAUGUAUUUAUUAUUGAUAAUAUUUUUUUAAAUUGAAACUCAAUAUUUUACGAAUCUGAGAUUGUAUUAUACUUUCUUUACUAUGUUUUUAUUUUGAAACAGAUAUUUAUAACACACCAGCACCAAAUAAUGAAGGUGCUGCGUCUAAGGAGGGCACUUCUCACUUGCAGUGUUUCAGAAUCUACUCACACCAAUAUUUCAUUCACUUUAAAGAAUGCAAAUACAUGGUAUUUGUUGAAACUCUCCUGAAUAUUCUCAAUGAUUUUAAAAUGUUCUUAAUGAAACAUUCCAAAAAAAUUACUCAUUGGUUUCCUCUCCUUAAUGUAAAUUAGCAAUGGAGACUCUGGAACGUUGCAAGUGAGAAAUGCCCUUCCUCCAUCCAGUGCUUCAAUAUCGGCAUUGUUGUUGUACACUCACUUCAUUGAAGCUACGAAAAAUUUAUUGUUGAAUACUCAUGAUAGUCAGAAAGGCCAGAGAGCUUUUUUAUUUUUUUUUUCAAUUUUUAUUUUUUUAUAGUCUUCACAAAUUUUAAUAAACUUGGUUGAUAUUCAUCCA